GCUCAUCUGAGUUUGUAGGUGAGAUUUUUUUGAAGAUUUGCUUUUGAGUUUUUAAUCUCGUGGCAUACGGUUUUAUUUAUGAGUGUAAAUCUGAAGCUUUACCGUUUUUAUGAUCACGUUUAUGGUAUUUCUGGCAUAAAAGUUCUCCGUUUUCUCAAACUGCAGCCUAACAUUGAGGACAACAUUCCUGUGACCCCAGAAGCAGGAUGACGAGUCCAGCUGUCCUGCCAGUGGUUGGCCUGGGGUCGAUGGCCCAGACGGCCGGACUGGUGGAGAUCGCCGUCAGGUUGUGCUUAAACCAGCGUAAACAGCUGUGUCCUCAUGUGUGGGUUCCCAUACUCAAGCCCCUGCGGCCUUGCAUCCGGAAUCCGGUAUCAGAGCAGCCUGCCAACGUCACGCGACACCAGACUCUUCUGUCCUCAUCUUUCUUCGAUGACUUGGAGGAGGACGUCUAUGAUGAUGUUCUGUUCCCGAUCAAGAACAAGCAUGUGGUGUUUGCAGACUCUUUAGGGUUUUCUCUAGCAGAUGAACGAGUGUUCUCCGAUGAAGAGGACCAGUCUGAACUCGGCCUGCUGCCCUCGCUGCAGGGUUUGGGAAGCAUGACGGGGGACGGCUACAGCUGCACCGUCAGCACCUGCUGCCCAGGGACACAACUCAAACUUGGCUUCCCGCAGCCCUCUUUAGAUUUCCAGGCCUUUCGGGCCAAGCUGGCAGAAAGCAUGGUGAUCCUGGAGAGCUGCACCGUUAAUGAGCAAGCCCUACAAGGUACUGUCCGGGUCAGGAACAUCAGCUUCCAGAAAAACGUGCGUGUCCACAUUACCUUUGACUCCUGGCACAGCCACAGGGACGUACCAUGCACAUACCUGCAGAAACGCUUUGGAGGCCCGCAGACAGACAUCUUUGAAUUUGAAGUAGCUAUUCCUAAAGUCCUGGACGCCAAGAGGAAGAUCGAGUUCUGUUUAAUGUAUUUGCCUGCUGGGCAGAGUGAGCCCUUCUGGGACAAUAACAACGGACAGAAUUACAGCAUCCUGGUGUGUGUGAGCUCACACCUCUGCCACGGCAAAGGUCUAAGUGAAAGGGCAUAGCCAACCCCACCUUUGGUCACUAGAUUUACCACGCAUGUGAGUUGGAAUGUGCACAUUUUUAUGACAUUUUCUUUUUUGUUUGAAUAAAAUUAUUAAAGUCAUC